AUGCACAGGAAGUUUGUCAAGAUGUCCGUCAGCGACUUCAUGAAGAACUUCCUUCCAGGAGAACCCCCUGAUAUGCCGAAUUUUGAAAGGGCAUUUUCUGGCAUGCCCUCGAAAGGUGCCAUCGAGGCUUACUUUUACGAGCCCUUCAAAGACGCAGUGAACGAUGCAGAUAUGUGUCCGUGCUACAAGGUGGCGAUAACGCAAUACAAACCCGACUUGAACGACUCUUCUAAGCAGAAGCCCGAUGCUGCUCUUUAUCCCGUCAAUGAAGUACCUACGGAUGCCAGGCCAAAUUGGAACAUUCAGCGACUUCAUUUUGAAUUCAAGAGGCUCAGCGAACAGCAUGAUCCAUUGAAUGACAAGCCUAAAAGCGAAUUGGAGCCUGACAGUCAGGAGCGGGCGGAUGUGCGAGGCCAGUGCAUAUCGUACGCCGAGAUGCUUCUGAUGCACCAGCAGCGAGCCUUCUGCUUCACUGUCGCGAUACUUGGUCGCGAGGCGCGGAUAUUUCGCUGGGAUAGAUCGGGUGCCAUCGCCACUGAGAGGUUCAACUACAUCACCGAACUGUAUCUCUGCGAGUUCUUGUGGCGCUUUGCUCAUCUCUCACCAGAAGAACAAGGGGACGAUCUGACAGCAAUAGAAGUUGAGCCGAACUCUGAGGAGGUGCGCUUGAUGCGGGAGAUGGCUAAGCCCGUAGAAGAGAGGUGUGGCCAUGCGCACAAGUACUUUGCGGAAUCUCUUGAUCCAUCGUGGAAGUGGUGGAAGUUGCUGAUCGACAUCAAAGACGACACUCCGGGGGCAGACGCCGACCACAAAGUGCUAGACUGUAGCACAAAGACGUUCGUUUGGUUGAAGGACGCAUUGCGGGUGGAUCACGACGGCAUGGAGAAGGAAGGUGACAUUCUCCAUAGGCUCAACGAGCUCAAGAUUCGGAAUGUCCCCACUCUGCUUCAGCAUGGCGAUGUGCUACAGCACGGCGAUAUCCUUCGACAGCCGACUUUGAUCCUGGUGACGCUUGUCUUCGAUUGCAUGCAAGCUCAUAAGCAAGCAAUGGAGAAAGCUCAUCUCACUCAUCACGACAUCAGCGGAGGUAAUCUGCUGAUAAAUGAAUACGAAUCCGUUGAUCCAUUCGGGAAACCGUGCACAGUGAGGGAUGGCAUUCUCGGAGACUGGGAGUUGUCAAAGCCGAUUCCUCUUGAAGGCGACACGUCCAAUCGGAGUGCACGACAACCUGGCCGAACAGGUACACGGCAGUUCAUGUCGGUCAAUGUGCUGAACGAUCCGUGGAGAACGAUCGUCAUCCAAGAUGAACUGGAAUCGUUCUUUCACGUCCUGCUGUACUACGGAGCUCGCUACUUGGCCCACAAUUUCCUCGAUGUCACUGGCUUUCUUCACUGGUUCUUCGAUGCCAAUUUCUGGGAUGUCGCAAAUGCAGGAUUCGUUUGCGGACUCUUCAAGGAUAAGGCUAUGCAUACUGGAGUGAUCAGGCAUGAACAGAAGAUACUCAAAUUUGACGAUGGUACUGGGCACUCGCACCCUCUGAAUUCCAUAAUGACUAGACUUCUGGGCUGGUUCAAAGCUCAUUACACCAUAUCAACCCCUGGUGAGAGCUCGCCGCAAUCAGAUAGUAAUCGUGAAGCCGCUGGCCCCAGCUAUGAUUAUGAAACAUUACGCCGGUGGGAGAAAUUGAAAGCCAGUGUUGAUUUGUCGCCUUACUAUCUCAUGAAGGCAAAGGUUGAUGAUAUCAUCCGCACUCAGGACGCACAGUUCGCAGGACGUCUGACAUCCCACGCCGCGAUGUCGACUCUUCUAGCCAAUACCAUCACAGACCACGUGUGGCCAAUAAACGACAAGAAAGGGCAUCAGCUGCAUGCAAACUUCAACUACGAGACGGAGAAACAUUAUGAGCGAACAGGGACAAAACGCACGCAUGAGAGCAUAGCGGAUCCGGAGCUACCAGUUGCAGCUUCCAGUAACAAACGCGCAAGGGCCAAGUAG